CAUCUGAAUACGAGAUAUCAAAUUACUACACUGGUAUAGUAAUUUACUAUUACUUCAUUAGUCUCAUUAUUAUACAUUUGACUAUAAAAGAUGGCAAAGGCGUAAGGUCGUCGCUUUUUUAUCCUGUCUGGCAAUAACAGAUGACUAUCAUGCUUAUCAUGACUAUCAUGCAUUAGGGGCCGUUCAUAAAUUACGUAACGCUAAAGACCGGGGGGGGGGGUUUGGUGAAACGUUACACCCUGUGACAGGGGGGAGGGGGGGGGGGGGUAAGACAGUAGCGUUACGUCACACAACAGAUUUCAUACAAAGAAUGCCUGUGAGCAAAAUCUAGAUUUAAAUAUUUGGUUUUUAUAAAAAAAUCAAAUUGAGAAGCGCUCAAAAAUUGAUAAGUUGGUACAUUAUUUUUUAAAUAGGUGGAGCCCAAAUUUUGACAGAAAGGUCAUCACAUAUCAAACUGUCUAUAUUGUCAAAACAAAACCAAAACAAUCGUGUAAUGUACGUGUUUUUUUGUGUUUACGGUAAGAAAAAUAUAAAUUUCUGAAGAAAUUUGAGUUUUUAUUUGAUUCGAAUCGUUAAAUUAUGUGAAAAUUUACAUUAGAAAGUUAAUUACAAUUAAUUCUUUGCGUACUCUAAAAUAUAAAAUCAACGAACACGACAAAAAUUGCAUUUCGACAAUGGUAAAAUAUGAUGAGGAUUGUGAUUUGUGUGCGACUUUGUUUUGUCUGUCUUUAUCAAUGUUUACGUCGAUGUUCCGUGCUCUUGUCGUUUAUUGUGUUUUUGUUUUUUCUUUUGCAAAUAUUCACCAAAAACCGAAUUUCUUUUUUUUCUUCAAAAAGCAUCGUAAACAACAACUUUACCAGAAGCUUGUUAGCGAAUACAAGGCAGCACAUAACAAUUUAAGUCACAACCAAUGCGAUAUCGAAAUUUCUAAGUUUUGGUGUUCAAUUAAGAACGAUUCGAACUGGGAAAAUUUGGUGCAAUUAGAAAUAAAAAAAUGGAAACUAAAAUGUGAAGAAAUUUCUUUGAAAAGAAACCGUGUCUGGAGUACAUUCUUUACGAAAAAGAUUGAAAAGCAACCGGCCAACAAACCAUCAACUUUAGUCAGCAGUUCGAUCGAAAACACGCGAGACGAAUCGACUGCAAUUGUUGUUCCAACCGAAGAUUUACUACAAACAUCAGCUACUAGUUCGGUCGAAAACACACAAGCCACGGUGAUCAACACACAAGACAAAUCGAGCGGGUCUGAUGUCCAAACAGAAGCCUCGCUACAAACAUCAACUGCCAGCUCGGUUCAAGACAAAGUCGGAAAAUCGAAAAAACCAGCUAGAGUCACUGCUUCAUUUCCAGCACCGCGACAGGAUCAAUUAAAAUUAGAAAUUGCAAACCUGAACAAUGAAAUCGUGUUCUUGGCGAACAAAAAAUCGAGUGGCUUUGCUUCAGAUGAAGAACUUGAGCGGUUAAAAAAAUUAAAAUUGGAUUUGGCUGAACAGCAAGCAAAACUAAAAAUAAAAAUUCGGGGUCAAGCUCGACAGCAACGAAAAAGACAGCACGAUCGGGACGUUUUAGCUGAAAUCCGGAUGAACCAUCCAGAAGUUGUUGAAAAGUUUGGUUCUAAGAAGCGUAAGGCUGGAAGGCCACGAAUUGAAGAAACACAAUCUGAAUUGCUCAAUGCCUUAGUGGAUAUAGCGACAUACGGAUGUGGUGCUGACCAAAAACGAAGGUCAAAUAUGAUGCGGUCGAUCCACACACUCGAUGAAUUAACAGCUGAACUGAAUUCCCAAGGUUUUCAGGUUAAAAGAGGUGCUGUAUAUUUAAGACUUCUUCCAAGGAAUUCCUCUACCAUUGAGGGAAAAAGACACAUAACAACCGUUCCGGUUAAACUUGUUCGAGCAACCAAUGACCUACACAAACAGCAUGUAGAUACAAAAUUCUGUAAAGCAAGUAUCAGCUAUUUGGAAGAAGUAGCCUCAGUCCUUGGUCCGAAAGAGGUGUUAUGGUUAAGCCAAGAUGACAAGGCCCGAGUUCCGAUUGGCAAGACAGCUGCCAACAAACAAACUCCACUGGUUAUGCAUCUAGAAUACCGUGUUCAGUUGCCCGAUCAUGACUGGAUUGUUGCCGAGAAACACAAGCUGAUUCCGUCGGUAUAUGCCUUCAUUGAAAUCGAUACUGACAAAGUCGGAAACAAGAAAGCGGUUACAUAUUCAGGGCCAACCUACAUCUCAAUAAGAAGUGCAAAGCACUGCAGCAGCACUGCUUAUUCCCAUGCAAAGGACAUGGCAACUCUAAUGGAUUUAGAAGAGUUUGAAACUUUUUGCAAAGAUGAUUCGGGAGAGUUUAAGCCAAUUAUUAUCAUAACUACUGACGGUGGUCCAGACGAAAACCCGCGGUAUGAAAAAAGGAUCGAUUGUGCGAUCGCAGAGUUUAAAAAGUUCAACGCUGACGCGAUUUUCAUAGCAACAAACGCGCCUGGGCGAAGCGCUUUCAACAGAGUUGAAAGGCGCAUGGCUCCACUGAGUCGUGAUCUUGCUGGAAUGAUAAUUGAUCAUCAACAAUUAGGCGCUCAUUUAAACGAAAAAGGAGAAACAAUUGACGUAGAACUAGAAAAAAAGAACUUUGAAGCUGCAGGAAAGUUAUUGGCUGAAAUUUGGUCUGAAACAGUAAUUGAUAAGCAUCCAACCAUCGCUUCAUACGUGCCACCAGAAGAAAGUGAAAUAUGCCCGGGUGAAAAAGUAACAGAAUUGUGGAAAAGUGCUCAUGUCAGAGAAGGCCACUACUUUCUACAAAUCGUAAAAUGCAAGGAUCGUACUUGUUGUAGUGCGCCCAGAAGUAGCAUUUUCAAUCUCAUUGAUCAGUUCAUUCCGGCUCCAAUGUGCAUGGCUACAAGAACGAAACUCGAUGACAAUAGUGAUUUAAAUGAUGAAUUCGCGUCCUUGUUUCUUCGAUUAAAUCUUAAGGAUGACAAAUUUAGAGUUGGAAUUAGACAAGAAGUGCCAUUCGACAUAUGUUGUCCUUCGUUGAAGGAUGUUAUUCAGUCAAGAACGUGUGAAUGUGGCAUUCAGCAUGCGAGUAAAAAAAGUCUCAACAAGCACAUUAAGUCGUGCUUACAUAUUAAGCGUCGUAAAACAAGUACACAGCCGAAAAAAACUUCGGUGGCUACGCCUCCGAGACCGGUGACCCGGCCGAAACGUUUAGCGGCUAUUAGGCAAGGCGAGAAAAUGAUCGUUUGGUCGUCGCGACUAAAUGCGGAGCAUGUUGAUUGGUUCGACGAAGAAGACGACGACAUUGCCAUGUCGGAUAUUGUGUUACCGAUUCGUGAAAACAAUCAAGAUGUUAUUCCAAUAGUCGACAUCGAAACAAAAAUGACGUCACAGUGGACGGAAAUUUAAAUAAAGAUUUAAAACACUGUUUUUAAAAAUUUUGUUUUUCUAUGAGGUGCGUUACGUGACAACCCGGGGGGGGGGGGUCCGAGCUUGCGUUACGCUAGCGUUACAGGGGGGAGGGGGGGGGGUCUGAAAAAGGUCAUAUUUAGCGUUACGUAAUUUAUGAACGGCCCCUUAGUACAGAUUUUUUAUGAUGAAUUAGGUACAACGGGUACAACCAUUACAACUGUUAUAAUUGUCACAACUUUAUGGACUUAUUCUAUUAACCAAAUUUAACCUGGAUUUUGUAAUUCGGUAUUUUGAAGCAUCUAGAUUUUGAGGUUUCCGGAUUCUGAGGCUUCCGGAUUUUGAAGCCUCCGGAUUUUUUUGUCUGGAUUUUGUAAUUCCGGAUUUUAGUUCUCCGGAUUUUGUAGGGGAGCCGAGAAAAUAAGGUUAAUCACACCACACGCAUGAACAAUCAAGUCUUUGUCGUCGCAUUAAGAAUCAAGUCUUUGUCGUGACAUCUAAUUGACAGGCUAACUUGUAGAAGGAAAAAUCAUUUUAACCCCAAUGCAAAUGCAAUACCUAAUUGCUAAUUUGUAGAACGAAAUAUAGUUGUGUACCUGUUUUACUUAUAAAAUUCUUGAAAAUUGCACAUCGAUGAAACUUGGUGCUAUACCAAAACAACGGUAAAACAUUUUUUAACUUUUUUUAUUUUUGUAUGUUCUACUAGACCCUCUAGAUGCCGUACAGAGUGAGAACUCUGCAAAAGCAUCAGUAGAUUUUUUUUGGUUCGGACCCACAAUCCAGCUACUUCGUUUAGCUAGAAAAUUUUUAAAAAAGCAGCGGUGCAAGCUUUUUAGAAUUAUUUAAAAAAAAAAACUUUUUGCUGAUUAUUAUUGCUAGUGUGGUAGGUCGGAAUCCGGAAUCUCUAAAAAUAAAAAUUGAAAUCGACACACCCUAAUGGUAUUCAGUGGACAAACGGAAAUCACUCGCUUUUAUCGGCGAAAGAAAACACAUUUCACAUUUAUAAUAUAUAGAAUGAUGUAUUUGGUCUGUAAAGUCCGAGUAGAAAUUAGAGACGAUCAAAAUUUGAGUCCAAUAUUUUCUCUUUGGUAAAACAACAUCUACGAUCCAUAUGUACUCGAUGCAUAGUUCGAAAAUAUAGUCACAUUCGGUUGAUAGGACUCAACACGUUGUUUGUGAUUUGUAGGAAUCAAAAUAAGAAUUUUUCAUUGUUAGGCAACUUAAACUCGUAACACUAUGUCUAUAGGUAAAAAGAACUCUUUAAUACUUGAAUAAAAUUCUUAAAAAAAGAAAGAAAAAAAAAUUGUUUUAAAAAAUAGAUUUUGUGUAGUAGGUCGCACUCUAAUUUGUAUGUUAGUUCUCUUACAACUAAAAUGUUUGUUUU